AGUUGUGUGAUUGGCGGGUGGUUGACCAAUAGUCAGUAGCCGUCGGUCGGCGAUACGCUCCAAUGAAGAGAGGAGGGCGGGCUCGGCUGAGGCCGCCGACGGCAGCGUUUGAGGUUGAGCAACCUGUCUCUUCCCUUCAACAGGAAUUCUUGAAUUUAUUUCCAAAUAUUUUUCUACUGAUCAUUGAUCAUUGAAAUGGCAGACAGUUUGGCAAGUCUUUGUCAUGAGAAUGCACCGGUUUCUGACUUCUAUAUUUUACAUGGAGAUAAUACCAGUUCCUUGGGGGAAAAGGAUGUAAGGUAAAGAUUCCUUUGUACUGUUUCGAACAUCAGAAUGAAAGAAGUUGCCUGAGAGCAUAACAUGAAUUUGUCCAGCCCUGAUUAUUGAUGAAUUGUUGGUGGACUGCAUCAGCAUGGCACAUUCAUUUGACUCAGCAAGAAGAGAGAUGACAAAUACAAUACACCCCAGCAGUCAUGCUGGCAGUGCAAACACAGCAGCAAAGCACCUGCUGAAGAAACAGUACAAGCAAAUGAAUGGACAGCCUAGAGCAACCCGAUCUAGUUCACCCAUGGGCAGAGUGAUCCUUAUCACUGGUACUUCUCCAAUUGAAGCUGGUACUGAAGACUGUGAUUCAGCUGAGGCAAUCCACAACAUCACCGUGGAGAAAAGCAUUGAUGGGAAGCUGGGAUUCAGUGUCCGCGGAGGCUCUGAGCAUGGUCUUGGAAUAUUUGUCAGCAAAGUAGAAAAUGGAAGUGCAGCUGAUCAUAGUGGCCUCUGCUUAGGUGAUAAAAUUAUGGAGGUUAACGGGAUCAGCUUCGAGAACAUCACUAUGGGAAGUGCUGUCACUGUACUCACUGGGAGUCACCGCUUACGUUUGGUUGUCAGACGCUUGGGAAAAGUGCCAGGAAUCAAAUAUUCCAAAGAACUUACCACAUGGGUUGAUACAGCAACAAGGAGGAUAAUAGCAGAGAAAAGUCAAAGUUCUUCAGACACUGUAUCUGAGGAUGGAGCCAGAAGGAUUAUCCAUCUUUACACCAGUUCAGAUGAUGAGUGCCUUGGUUUUAAUAUUAGAGGUGGAAAGGAAUUUGGCUUGGGAAUAUACGUAUCCAGAAUUGAUCCUGAUGGACUAGCCGAGCAGAAUGGCAUUAAAGUUGGAGACCAAAUCCUAGCAGCCAAUGGAAUAAGCUUUGAGAGAAUCACCCAUAGCAAAGCAGUAGAGAUUCUGAAGAGUUACACACACAUUAUGUUAACAAUAAAGGAGGUUGGCAGAUAUCCUGCAUACAAGGAAAUGCUGGCAGAAUACAGCUGGCUGACCAAAUUGACAAAUAAUCAUUCCCAGCGUUUUGGCUCAGACACAAAUUCUUCCACUUCAUCUCAUUCAUCUGGGACACCUUUGAGCUCCAUGAGUGAUUCUUUACAGGUCUUCCUCCCAACUACCCACAGCUCAACUGACAUGGUAGAUGUAUGUAUUUCCACAGAGGACUCCAAAUCUCUACAAUAUAAUCGUCUGGAAACUAUAGAGUCUGCUAUACAGACAGACCUCCAGCUGUCUCCCUCCUCAAAUAUUGAUGUUUCAGAUGACCAAAGGACUGUCAGGGAAAGAAGCAUGACACUUGGCCACACAGUACUCUUGAAGGAAACAGCCAUUAGGUCAGAUAAUUUUAAGGAAACUCAUAUCAGAUCAAGAACUUACUCCACAGGAGAUUCCGCUGAUGAAUUUUUGGACUCCCCUAAAACUGCUGUGCUGAUGGCUCUCAGCAAGCCAAGGAAACCAAUCAGCCGAUCACAGAGUUAUAUGACUAUUGGAGAGGACAAGAAGAAAAAGAAAAAGGAACAAAAGACCCCUGAGAAAGGAACACAGCUAGAGCGGUCCAAGACAUUUAUGAACAUCUUUUUUAGAAGUGGUCGAUCUGGAAAGCAGUCAAGUGAGCAAAGUCCAAAAGAGAAAGACAGAUUGAAAUCGCCAUCUCACUCAGAAUCAGACAAAGUAACUGCUGUUGAAAAAUUCGUCAUCAGAAGUCUGAAGCGAGAUAAAGAUAGAGGCCUUCGCUUGAAAACGUUUGGCCCUCAGACAGACAAAAAUGGUCUCUCCACAGCAGACACAUACAGUCACUGUUUAACUGUGAUUGAAGACAUUGCCAGGAAGCUCCUGAGUCAAGAUGAAGUAAAUGCCAUUUUGCGUCACUGUAAGCAGUAUGUUUCAGGUAGUGGGGUGGAAGAUCUGGUGCGGCCUCUACUUCACAUAUUAGAUAAACCAGAGAAGCUGCUGAUAUUGAGAGAAAUCAGGACCAUCAUUGGACCAACUGACCUAGGAAGGUUUGACAGUAUGGUGAUGCCUUAUGAACUGGAAGCAUAUGAUAUUCUGAAGAUCAGAGCAGGGAGAUCUCCGGUGCUUAGGCAGGGCAGCUAUAGAUUGACACCAAAGAGACACCUGAUUACACCAGUUCCAGAUUAUAGAGGGGGCUUCCAACUGAAACCACUUAAGGAUUAUGAAAAGGAAAGGAUGAUGAUGGAGGAAAUCGAGAGGUUAAAGAUUUCACAUUCACUUCAAGCGAAUAAUGCUAAACCAUUCAAGUCUUUGAAAGAUGUACAUGUAGAUAAUCAUGACAUAGAUAGUACUUCAUUUAAAAAUGCUUCCCACAGUCCAGUAAGGUCGAACUGGUUGCUGACAGAUUCUAACAGGACUGCAGAAUUACCAUCUGCUGCAAAGCAAGACGCCAAUGUAAACCAGUCAGAAAUGUUGGACAAACAGUCCAGCAAUGGCAAAACAGGAAGAAGAACAGCAAGGCCAAACCAUAACAAAGUUGAAAAAGAGAAAACUGAGACAAGUUAUGACUUGCCAUUAUAUUCAGCGGUGAACAAAUCUAAAAAAGCAAGACCUGUUUUAGAUCAGGUGUUCGGAGAAGCAUUGCCCAGUAGAACUUUACAUGGGGUAAACACAACUGUAGGUGGUCAAGGUGAGCUCAAGGAAAAGCCAAUUUAUGCAGAGACUAAGGAAAUCUUGGAAAAUGGCCAAGAAGAAAGAAAAGUCAUGAAUGAUGGAAUUAGAACAAGAAUUGGGAAAAGCGCCGAAAAUAAAGUACUAGAAUAUGAGCUGGUGACAGUCAAAGUGUCCAAGAUGAAGCAAUCAUUAGGAAUCAGCAUUUCGGGUGGCAUUGAGUCUAAAGUUCAACCCAUGGUGAAAAUUGAGAAGAUUUUCCCGGGAGGGGCAGCAUCAGUCAGUGAAACCCUUAAGGCUGGUUAUGAAUUAAUUUCAGUGGAUGAAGAAAGCCUACAAAAUGUCACCCACCGACAAGCAGUGGAAAUAAUUCGUCGAUCCUACAGUAACAAGUCGUUGGACCCGAUGAUGUUUGUGGUUAAGGUACCCAAGACCAGUUGAAGACUGAACCUGUCAGGAUAUGAUCGACCUACAGAGAUGAUCUGGGGCAUUUGUUCCCAGGAUGAGGCUUUCCUUUCCAGGACACCAAAGAUGUCCUCUUUCUUCAAAGAAUGGGGUUUCCCUUCUUUCCACCAUGUUGCUGCUCUCACCCACAGCUCCUCCAUUUCCUGGACAUCCACGCCCACCCCAUCUGCCCACCACCUUAACAGGGAUAGAGUUCCUUUUGUCCUCACCUACCUCACAAUGAGCCUCCACAUUCAACACAUCAUUUUCCUCAACCUCUGUCAUCUUCAACCAAACACAUCUUUACCUCCCCACCCCCCACGCUCCAUUUUUUGCAGAGAUCACUCCCUUCAUGAUUCCCUUGUCCAUUUGUCCCUCCCCACUAAUCUCCCUCCUGACACACACCCCUGCAAGCAACCAAAAUGCUACACCUGCUCAUUUACCUCCUCCCUCACUUCCAUUCAGGGCCCCAAACAGUCCUUUCAGGUGAGGCAACACUUCACCUGCAAAUCUGUUUGGGUUAUUUAUUGUAUCUGGUGCCGAUGUGGACCACUCUACAUUAGUGAGACCUGAUGUAAAUUGGGGAACUGCUGUGUCGAGCUCCUCUGCUCCAUCAGCCAAGAGCGGUAUUUCCCAGUGGCCAGCCAUUUUAAUUUCUGUCCCCAUUCCCAUUCUGACAUGUGGGUCCAUGGUCUUCUUAGGGUGGAGGAGCAGCGCCUUAUAUUCUAUCAAGGCAGCUUCCAUCCUGAUGGCAUGAAUAUUGAUUUCCCUCCUCCUUCCCUCUAUGUCUUUUUUCAACUCUGGCCUCUUACAUCUUCUCCUCACCUGCCUUUCACCUUCCUCCAGUAACCCUCCUCCGUCCCUUACUCUCGUGGUCCUCAUCUAUCAAAUUCCUUCUUCUUCACCCAAACUUUCCCACCUACCUGGCUUCACCUAUCACCUUCUAGCUCAGGGGUUAAACCUUUUUGUUCCCACCAUGAACCAAGGGAUCAAUGAACACCAAUUUGGGAACCUCUGUUCUAGCUCGCCCUCCUUCCCCUCCCUCCACCUUUUUAUUCUGGUGUCUUGCCCCUUCCUUUCCAGUCAAGAUGAAGGGUUUCGGCCUGAAACAUCAACAGUUUCCGUAGAUGCUGCCUGACCUGCUAAAUUCCUCCGGCAUUUAGUGUGUGUUGCUCCAUAGUUCCUGAUUACCGACCACACAGCGUGGAAAUAAAUGAUGAAGUGUGAAAGUGAAACAUGAAUGAUGAUUUUUUAUACAUUUGAGAUCUGUGAACCAUUUCAAACCCCAACUACUUCAAUUGAAAAGGACCGCACUGAUCUAAAUGCAGUUGUCUACAUAUUCCAUACUGUGAAUGGACAGUAAUGUCUAAGUGAAUGGACCGUUACUUUGUAAAUACAUAAUUUCCAAAGCUGUCUCUUAUACAGAUCCUUUAUAAAUUAAUUUUGUGGAAAGCAUAUUCAUAUUGUGAUUAAGGGUAAAUUUUGGAUGUCUAGUGUAUAAUGCUAUAAUAAUGUAUAACAUCUACCACAGUGCACAAAUGUUUAAAAGUUGGACAUGAACUAUUGAUUUUAGUGAUUAUCAUAAUACCUUUGAUUUUUGGGGGCCAUUGAUCUACGAUAUGGGAUGUAGUUCCUAUGCACAGGGUCUACCUGGUAGGCUGUCUCAUUCUUUGACCUGAUUUUGGCUU